GCAGACUCAGAACAGCACUACUCACAGCAGGGCCUCUUGCUCGCUCUAGCUGCUGGGAGGAAAACGGCUUGCUAAUCUCCACGCCCAGAAAUUCAGACAAGAGCAUUCUCCUUAUCUCAUCUCCACAGGAAGCAGGUCUAAGUGUAAUUUCACAAGCCCCUGACUCUGUGUAGACACCCAGCUCUCCAGAAAAAUGCUUUGAAGACAAAGGAUACAGCAUACAGUCCCGUGUCUCGGCUGAGUCAUCGCAUUCCUUAAUAGUGUCUUCUCCCCGGGUUUGGUGGCCUGCUUCUGGAGUGGUCAGUUCUGCUGCCGACAUGCCCACCCAGCUCGAGAUGGCCAUGGACACCAUGAUUAGAAUCUUCCACCGCUAUUCUGGCAAGGAAAGGAAGAGAUUCAAGCUCAGCAAGGGGGAACUGAAACUGCUCCUGCAGCGAGAGCUCACGGAAUUCCUCUCGUGCCAAAAGGAAACCCAGUUGGUUGAUAAGAUAGUGCAGGACCUGGAUGCCAAUAAGGACAAUGAAGUGGAUUUUAAUGAAUUCGUGGUCAUGGUGGCAGCUCUGACAGUUGCUUGUAGUGAUUACUUUGUAGAACAAUUGAAGAAGAAAGGAAAAUAAAGGAAAUUCGUGAAUGCUAAUCAAGGGCUAAAUAAAGUGGAAAGCAGCAUCCUUGAAAAUCAUCGCUCUCAGGACGGGGUCUGCCUGGAAUAGCACUGAAUGUGUUUAGUAGUGCCUUUGGCUUGGGGGCUUUGGAGAAAGCUGCUUGAGCCCUUCCCAUGCUCAUAAAUUAGGUAAGGAGCAGUGAGGAAGUGUCUACAGCAGCCUCAGCCAAUGUGAUAUGCCUCUACAGCUGUAUGAAGUAGAUUCUCUGAUUUUAUCUUGAAAUCCACAACUUCCACAAAAAAGAAAAAUCUUUUACCAUUUCUCAUUAAAAAAGUAAUAUAAGUUUAUUGUAGGGGGAAAUAAUCAAAUGUAAUCUCAUUACCCAGAUAUAAUCACUGUUAACUUCUUCAUUCGAAUUUUCCCUAGGUCCAUGUAUCUAUAUAUCUAUGGUUCAUAAAAAUGAGAUUACACCAAAAAAUAUCUUUUGUUAUCUAUAUAGUUCCAGCUCAAUAAAUAUACAACUGUAUUAUUAUUUUUGUCUGAAUAGUAUUUUCAUUGAUAUAUCACAAUAUAUUUACUCCAAUUCCCUAUUGCAUAUAGAUUAUUUCUAAUUUUUCUGUUAAUAAUACUAAGGGAGCUUUUAAGUCAAUACAUCUGAAUCUUGAAUAAAAUUCUUGUUCCUUCUCUUUGGAUGGGUAUUCAGAUUCUUAAUUUUACAAAUGAAGAAAUAAAGUCCCAGAAGGUAACAGAGAUAGAACUAGGCACGAUUUUCUAUUCUUCUUUCCCUCCUUUCUUUUUGAGAGUUAACGAUUAUUUAAAAGUAUUCAUAAUUUUCUGAUAAUAAAAGUAAGACAUGGCAUUAUGACACUGGAUAUUCAAAAACCACAAUGUCCUUUUACUUGAAGAUUUUAAAAGGAAAUGAUUGCAAUAAAUACCCAGAGCCAACAAUUA